CUCCGAAUCAACCCCGCACAAAAUCCCCGCACCCCGCACUGUACCUAAAUCUUACUGGGAAAUUUUGACGAAUCAUAACCCGAUUUAUUGCGCCAGCCUUCCACUCCGAAUAAGUCCCGCUCCAGUUUAGGUUUAGCUCGCGUUAUUUGCGACUAAACGUCAAAGUUUGUCGAUCUCAACCGUGCUCUCAUCCAACAUCUGGGGUUUUGAGGGGUAAUUCUAGUACGGGGAAUGGCGAUGACAGGGACUAUAAUAAUCGUAUUAUGAAAAUUGUCGGUCAGGUGCUGCCAUGUGCCAGCCAUGCCCAAAUGGAUAUAAACCGCGUGGCAUCCUCUUCUUUUAUUUGAUCUAGACAGCAGCGAUCGACAAUCAAGAUCUUUCAUUCACAAUGGAUUCUGAUAAUGGCCCCAAGGCUACGGGUGGACCGGCCCAUACCGACAUCGUCAACAUGGAAGACAAAGCUGAGAGAGAUGUGGCUCACGAAGAGUUGAAGCCAUCAUAUGGAGCGCAAAAUGCUGAGGCUCAGGAAAAGACCAUGACUCUCCUGGAGGCCAUCAAGCUAUAUCCUACCGCCAUCGGAUGGUCUAUGGUUCUCUCAACUGCACUCGUUAUGGAGGGCUAUGAUCUUCUACUGCUUAGCAAUCUCUACGCUAGCCCUUUAUUCAACCAGAAAUACGGAGUUCUAGGAAGCAAGGGUUAUGCGGUACCAGCCUCCUGGCAGAGCGGUCUCUCAAACGGUGCUCGCUGUGGCGAGAUGCUGGGUUUAGCUAUCAAUGGAAUAGUCUCUGAGAGAUAUGGGUACCGAAAGACAAUGAUCGGCUCGCUCAUCAUGAUGAUCUGUACAAUUUUUAUUCUCUUCUUCGCACCAAACGUCCAGGUCCUUUUGAUUGGCGAAAUCCUAUGUGGUAUUCCAUGGGGAGUUUUCCAGACACUCACUACUGCCUAUGCGUCCGAAGUCAGCCCCGUUGUUCUUCGGCCAUACCUAACGACCUACGUCAACUUAUGCUGGGUGAUGGGUCAAUUCAUCGCUUCUGGUGUCCUUCGAGCCUCUCUCCAGAGAACAGAUGAAUGGGCUUAUAAAAUCCCUUUCGCAGUUCAAUGGGUGUGGCCAGUUCCUCUCCUUGUUGGAUGCUUUCUCGCACCGGAGUCUCCCUGGUGGGAAGUCAGGAGAGGCAACCGAGAGGGAGCCAAGCGUGCACUUGAGCGACUUACUUCUGCCAGCAACCCCCAUUACACCGUCGAAGAAACACUGGAUAUGAUUGAGCAAACCAACGAACUUGAAAAGUCAUUGUCCGAAGGUACUAGUUACUGGGAUUGCUUCAAGGGGGUCGAUCGCCGCCGCACUGAAAUCGUCUGUGGCGUCUGGCUGGUGCAGACCCUCUGCGGAACGAAUGUCAUGGGCUACUCGACGUAUUUCCUCAAACAGGCUGGUCUCCCAACUGUUCAGUCAUUCAAUAUGUCUCUUGGACAACAGGCCCUCGGCGUCGUCGGUACUCUUCUCUCUUGGUUCCUCAUCUCGCGGGCAGGCCGCCGUACUAUUUAUCUUACCGGAGUCUCGAUUCUAUGCGUUAUUCUAAUGAUCGUUGGCUUCAUCUCUCUUGCGCCCUCAAGCAAUACUUCCGCAACUUGGGCUAUUGGCGUCAUGCUGCUCGUCUUCACAUUCAUCUACGAUUUUACAGUCGGUCCCGUCUGCUACUCCCUCGUCUCCGAGAUAUCUUCUACUAGGCUGAAGACCAAAACCAUCGUCCUCGCAAGAAUCGGUUAUAACAUCAGCAACACCGUCAUCAAUGUCCUGACCAACUACCAACUUAAUCCGACGGCCUGGGCAUGGGGUGCAAAGACAGCCUUCUUUUGGGGCUGUACAUGCUUCUGCUGUGUCGUAUGGGUCUUCUUCCGCCUGCCUGAGCCUAAGGGCCGCACAUAUGCAGAGAUCGAUAUACUGUUCCAGAAUGGUGUUUCCCCUAGGAAGUUCAAGACGACGGAGGUCGAUACCUUCCAUACUGGUCAUUCCUCGGCACUCGAGAAGUCUGUAUCAACCGCAUAAGAUAUCAAAUAACAGGGGGACAAUAUUCUGUAAUAUAGCACAACAUAUUUCACAGGCGGAGCGAUUACUAAAAAACAC